CAUGCUUGCGAAGGCAGUAGUCACUAAUCACUAGUCACUAAUCACUAAUCACUAAUCACUAUGGCUAACCAGCAACAACGACCUCUUCUAAGCAAUAAUAAUAAUAAGACUCCGAAAUUCCUAUCCCUUCUCCUCACUACUGUAGUUGUAGUUGUAGUUGGAAUUGGUGUCCUUGCCUCAUCAUCCCUUAUUGCGAAUUCAUAUCUCAGCACCAAACCCAGUUCCGAUCUCUGUCAACACGCCGUUAACAGAGCAACCUGCUUGGCCCAUGUCUCCGAAAUAGCUCAAGGUCACAUCCUGGCAACCACAAAAGACAACUACAAUCUUCUCCAAUCCUUCCUUGUCAAGUCCACCUCAGGCAUCCAAGAAGCCAUGGCCACAGCCAACGCCGUCAAGAUCCGCCUCAACGCCACUCCACGCCAGGAAGCAGCCUUGCAAGUCUGUGCAGACCUCAUGGACUUGUCCAUUUCCAGAGUCUAUGACUCCGUGGUGGCUCUCACUAAGCGCACCACUCUUUCCCUGCAAGACGCGCACACGUGGCUGAGCAGCGUCCUCACUAACCAUGCCACUUGCUUGGAUGGCUUAGAUGGCUCUGCUCGUGCCAUUAUGGAGCCUCAACUCUCGGACCUCAUGUCCUGGGCAAGAACCUCUCUCGCCAUGUUUGUUGCAGUCUUGCCAACAAAGGCCCAUCGGCACCAACUCCUUGAGGAGCCACUCAACCGAGAGUUUCCCUCAUGGGUCACACGCACCGAUCGGAGGCUUUUGGAGUCUGUGGCUGCUGAUAUAAAGGCUAAUGUUGUGGUGGCCAAGGAUGGAAGCGGCAAGUUCAAGACGGUGGCGGAGGCUGUGGCUUCUGCACCUGAUAACGGUAAAACAAGGUACGUAAUAUAUGUGAAGAAGGGAACGUACAAAGAGAAUGUUGAGAUCAGUUCAAAGAAGAAGAACGUCAUGCUUGUUGGUGACGGUAUGGAUGCAACCAUUAUCACCGGCAGCUUGAACUUUGUCGAUGGAACUGGCACCUUCCAAUCCGCCACCGUCGCCGCCGUUGGAGAUGGGUUUAUAGGGCAAGACAUUUGGUUUCAAAACACGGCAGGGCCAGAGAAGCACCAGGCAGUGGCACUCCGUGUGGGCGCCGACACCUCCGUGAUCAACCGGUGCCGCAUCGAUGCCUACCAGGACACUCUGUACACCCACAGCAACAGGCAGUUCUACCGUGAUUGCGUCAUCACCGGCACUAUCGACUUCAUCUUUGGAAAUGCUGCUGUUGUGUUCCAGAAUUGCAACCUGGUGGCUCGAAAGCCCAUGAGCAACCAAAAGAACAUGGUGACGGCCCAAGGACGCGAAGACCCCAACCAAAACACAGGGACCUCCAUUCAGCAGUGCAAAAUAACAGCGAGUUCGGAUCUGAAGCCCGUGGUGGGGUCCAUCAAGACUUAUCUGGGGCGGCCAUGGAAGAAGUAUUCAAGAACGGUUGUGAUGCAAUCUUCAAUAGAUGGGCAUAUUGACCCCGCAGGAUGGUCUGAAUGGGAUGAUAAGACUAAGGACUAUUUGGAAACUCUGUAUUAUGGAGAGUACAUGAACAGUGGUGCUGGUGCUGGCACCAGCAAGAGGGUUACGUGGCCUGGUUACCACAUCAUCACCAGUGCCGCAGAGGCUAGCAAGUUCACAGUGGCUCAGCUCAUCCAAGGCGAUGUUUGGUUGCAGAACACCGGUGUUAACUUCAUUACAGGCCUCUAGAGACUACUGCACGCAUCUGCAUGCCACACUAGUGUGAGGUUUAAUUUUCCAAAUAUGUCCUUUCCAACUUGUAACCGAUCGAGUUUAAUUUCAUUAGGGCUUCAAGCAUGUAAUGCAUCGCAUCUGCUGAAUAAACUUGUGCCUUGCUCUA